CGCAGCCUUUUUUGAACUCCAGUGGAAGGCUGGAUUCCUCCGUUUCCAAUAGCAACGGUGCCUCGCUAGGGGGCGACUAUGUUCCCAGAACCCUGCCCCCUUACCUGUCGGUAACCGGAGACACUAUCUGUUCAUGGACUUAUGACGAUGAGGCCAUGAGCCGUAGUGGUGUGCAAGGACCCUCUAAAACCUCCACACUUCCGGGGGGUGGGGCGAAUAACAAUUAUAAUCCCCUGGGUGGGGGAAGUUUUUCCAGUUACAACAGCAAAUGUUCCUCAGCCUAUACACAAGAAUCAUACGUGCCUCUAACCUGUAAUUCGUCCUCGGUUAUGAGCGACCGAUAUAAAAUUAUGUCAGCCAAUAACAACAACGUCCCUCAUAUGGACCAGAGCGAACGUGAAAAGCUAUUGAGCGACGACGUACGUGGCAACUACUACCAGCCUUCAAAUGAGAUCCAGGGACCAAUGAGUGCCCAACAGGCCGCAGGAUUCGGCCCCAUCACUGCCGCCAAGUUCGGAGGCUCACAAUAUAUGGCAAUCGUGCCUAACCAAAUGAGCCCGAACUCUGCCGAGUACAUGCUAUUAGAUAGAUCCAGUACUGGAACUUACGACUCUGGGGGAGCCGGUUCGAAUCCCACCUGGCUCCCUAGCCAAACCAGUCCAGGUGGAACUCAAGGUGGUGGUGGGUUUAAUGUGAAUGAAAAAAAUGUUGUGGCGGCGACGUCGAAUGUUGCGAAGCACUGCAACAAUAGCUAUAUAGAUUCACCCCAAAUGCGAAUGAAAUCAGUGACUGCCACCGCCAGUACUGCAUCGCAUGCGGAAACUUCUUUUUCCUCGCCUGCCAAGGGGAAGCGGAAGAGCUUUGACUCGGCGGCUGUACUGAGAAAUCAGCCCAUAGUUACUUAUAGUCCCGUCAGCAGCGAGCAUGCUCGUCGUUUUUCCUCAAAGAACGAGGCCUCGGGCAAAGUGGAAUCGCCUCGCGAAGACCAGGAGUUUAUGCGGGAGUUCCUGUUGGAGCAGCACAAUAUAGACAGCAGCCGCUACUCCAUGGAGCGACCCUACAGUAAGGGGUCGGUGGACUUGCAGAGACCUCUGGUGGACCCUGAAGUGUACUUGGGACUAAACACAGGCGGCACUAUUCCUAGAGGCACUUUAAAUUCACAGAGAAACAACGCUUCCUACAGUCAAGCACCUUCUAAUGGAUCUGGAGGCACCAUCGAAGACAACAACUACAUAAACUCGCCCGCGGCCUCCACUCCCUCGACAGUGGUUGGGCGAACAAGUUCCCGCUCCAAGCCAAUGAUACCCCCUCCCAAACUGCCUCUCGCCUCCUCUCCCACACACCCCGAAGCAUACCCCAUCUCAGCCACUGGUCCCCACAUGGGCCCAAUGUCAUCCUAUAAGAGGGUAUCGGGAGAUGGUUACCCGGCACCCGGGGGAUCAGGGCUGCAACAUAGCUCCACUAACAGCACUGGAUGUAGCCGAGGAUCCGACGCGGACAAUGUGUUCAACUACGAGCAUGUACCAGACCACCGAAUGAAACAUGGGAUAGAUAGUCUCAGUUACUCCCGUCUGAUGUCUCCGCAACCAGUAUCCUCAGCUCCUCAUGACUACAUCAACUCACCCAUAGAACCACCAUCUGAGGACCCCUUCUUGUCCAGGAGCUACAACGCCGGACACCACAAUCCACUCCCUCAAUACCCCCAGAAUGCGGCACCCUCUUACCUUCACUCUAAGUCAGUCGGGCAGCCGAUGAUGCCGCAAAACUUGGUUCUUAGUCAUAACCCCAUGUACCCGCCCAACUACCACCCCAGCUCGAAUUACAGUCCAGCCACUGAUAGCAACCCCGCAACUCCGAUUAAUCUCAACAACAAUACGUCGCCCUUCUCGGGCUAUAGUUCAAUGCAGCCGCACCCCGCCCAAGUUGUUCAGCCGGGAAUGAACACGAAAGAGCGAGGCAAAAAGAACAGCAAGAAAAACAAUAAAACUUAUCAAGCCAUGAGCAACAAUGCUUCCAGUUUCGUAUGAAGUAACUUUGUGCAUAAAUUGUAAUUGAACUUAUUUAUUGUCCCCUCUUCUCUAACAAUUAUAACAAGUGCAUUUUUAGCAAAAAAACUGCUGUAAUUUUAUUUUUGUAUCUUCUAUUUGAUAUGGAAGUUUUAUUCGCCUAUCUGGCCUUUGUUCAUUGUAGUUAAUUUUUCUAAUUAAAU